AAUCACGACAGUCGAAUCGCUUUACGGACACCACCGGCAGUAUUUUGAAGUAUGUAAUUGUCCUUGUAAAGAUGCAGCGAACAUAUAUCACGUACUGAAAGUUGCUGCUCCAGGCUGAAACAUCUGCAUUAAGACCACACGAUGGCAUCUCGUUUCCUCAAGUUCUCGGUGCUUCUCCAGAAGUACCGGGCUCCAUUGCUCAUCGCGAGCUGUGGAGGAGUCUUCGCAGCCAGCAUGUUCUACCACGUUUUCCCCGGUUUGUCCUACCGUCAGCUCUAUCAAGCCUGGCAUAAAGGAGAGCCAGUGGUGCUGUCGGAAAAGCUGGAAAAUGUCUUUCAGCAGGUCCUGAAGGACUUCCGUGUCAGCUCAGUCAAGAACUUCUCUGCCUUCGCCUCCUUCGGGUUUCACCCGGUUGGUGCCGGUGUUCCAUGGCUUCCUGCUGGCGCCCAAAUCGGCAUCCCAGCCAACUUUAACAGCACCACAGACGAUCCGAGUGGAAUAACCAACCGCAACAUCUUCAUCAACGGGAAAACGGUGGACUGGAGCACCGAGGCUGGCUCUGCUCUGAAGGAGGCGCUGGUGUUCUCCACAGAGGCACAGAAGUUCGCCAUCGCUCGGGAGGUGGCCCGCUUACAAUCCGGGGGUCCGGUCCUGACAGCUGCAGUGGCUCCGUUCUGCCUGGGCGGGGUUUGGGUGUACAGCGUGGUGCUGAAGCAGGUGUUUGGCCUGCAUGGCGGCCCCGUGCUGAUGCGUUUUUCAGUGAACAUUCUGGCGCUGGGAAUUGGGGCCGUUUCAUACUUCCUCACCUCUGACGCUCUCAGUCAGUGGAUUGACUACAGCUCAGACAAACAUGCAGCGGGAGUGUCUCGGGAAUACGCCAGAGGAGGAGUGGAGUUUUAUGAUAAAAUCCUGUCCAGAAACAAGACGCUGCGCUCACUGAUGGGACAGAAAGGCGAGGAGAUGUACGCGCCCAGUGGGAACCUGUUUCCUGCUCAUGUCCUUCAGCUGAAGCACACGCCUUACACCUCCAGGAGAGAAGGCAUCCUCGCUCUGAUAAAAGAAGAGAAAGCAUAAAACGAACCAUAAAGCUACAAAGCUGGUACCAGCAGGCAGAUAUUUCUAAUAGAAAUAUGCCUUUCUGAAUCUGUUGAAUAUUUAAUUUUUUGUCGUUAAAAGAUAGAAUUCAAGGUGUCAGAUAUGUGACUUUUAUCCAAUAAAAAGAUGUGGUUGAUUCCGAAUUCAGCUGACAUUUACUGCUUUAAUGCUGAGGCGCCACAGUGAAAAAUAUCAACAACCCUUGAACUUUUUCACAUUUUGACCACCAACUUCUGUAUAUUUAGAUGGGAUUUAAUGUGAUGGUCCAGCAGAAAGUAGCAAAUAAAUAAUUGUGAAGUUGAAGAGAAAUUGUACAUUUCUAAUUUAGUUGGUUUUCCAAUGAAAUAUCUGAGAAGUUUGCAUACCUAUUUUACCCCCCUUUAAUUAAAACUUUGUGGAAUCAUCUCUUCCCCUGUCUUGAUUCCAUAAUAGCAAAAGUUCAAUCAGUUUGGGUGGAGAGCAUCUGUGAACAGAAAUGUGUCAAAGUUUUGCCACAAAUUCUUUAUAUCUGAACUUCCCCACAAUGUGUACUCCACCAUGUAUUAAUGUGGAAAUGAUGUGUUGUUUGGCUACCACACAUAAUAUUUUAUAUGUAGGCCAAAAAAUUUUAUUUUAGUCUCAUCUAAUCAGAGCACCUUCUUAUAUGCUUGCUGAAUUCCAGGUUGUUUGUGGCAAUCUGCAUUAUAGAGGCUGACCGGGCAAACAACGAUGCAAGCACACACUAAAUUGAUGGUACAAUAGAAAGACCGGUUAACCAAAAAAAAAAUAUUUUGUUAGGAAUGUGGUAGGAAAGUUUAAAAACCUUAAGUUGUUGAGUUUAGACUGAGAUUUUUGACGGAAUAACUGUUAGAAUGGUGCAGGUUUCAGAUAAAUGGCGCCCUCUGCUGACUGGAAAUAACCAAAACAGCUAUCUAUAGAAAGGUGAGUAUUUUGUAUGUCGUAGGGGAGAGCUUACGGUGUUAUUUAACAUAAAACUGGACUCAUUGAACUUAAUCUAUUGUCCAGUAUUUUUUUAAUAUUAUGUAUUUUCUGCUGCUAGAUUUUGCAGAUGUAUUAAACUACAAAAAAAAUCAAGCUUACAGCCAGUUAAAAUAGCUGGUAAGUGCUGGUAAAGAAUGUGAAACAGUCUCAUCUGUGUUUACAAUAUAUUGUAUGCUAUGUAAAUAUUCAGUGAAAGACAAAAGAAAACCUUUUUCAAGUGAGGGAAAAAAGUAUUGGAUUUAUCCAGAAUCAGAUAUCUGUGAUGCCAUGAUAAUUACUCAUCUUUUUCAGUUGCAUAGAAAACUGAUAUGUCUGUAUUCCCUGCAGGUCAAGUGAAAAAAAAGAAAACAGAACACAUAAAGGAUCUCUAAUUUUGUACAACCUAACUAAACUGUUGUAAUCUUCAGCUCAGUGACUCAGACCUCUUCAUCCAGCACUUGUAUUUCCUCCAGGUCAUCCGUCUGCACAUUAACAAGGUUCAGAUAUGCUGUUUAAUUACAUCUUCAAUCCAACUGCCUGUAGACUGAACUAAAUAUAGACACGCAUAAUUAGGUUGCAGAUAGAAACUGUAUUUUUACCCCACUGCUCUUUGGAGUCAAGAGAAAUAAAGUGCAAAUCCAGA